AUGGCUCGUCCCGGGGUGUGCGCGAAGCUGAGCACCGUGUGGAGAGCGCUUUGGCUCAUGGGGACCGUGGUGGAUUUCGCGCUGCCACAGGAGACUUACGCGCCCCAUUCAAUUCGGACUGAGGGCCACCUGACCCUCGGCGGACUCUUCCCGGUGCACUCCCGCGGGGCCGACGGCACACCGUGCGGGGACCUCAAGAAGGAGAACGGCAUCCAGCGGCUUGAGGCCAUGAUGUACGCUUUGGACCAAAUCAACCAGGACGAUCAACUCCUACCCAACAUUACCUUAGGCGCCCGGGUGCUGGACACUUGUUCGAGGGAUACCUACGCGCUGGAGCAGUCUUUAACUUUCGUCCAAGCCCUGAUCACGAAGGACACCUCCGACGUGAGGUGCACCAACGGGGAGCCCCCGGUGUUCGUGAAGCCUGAAAAAGUGGUGGGAGUCAUCGGCGCCUCGGCGAGUUCAGUAUCGAUUAUGGUCGCCAACAUCCUACGCCUCUUCCAGAUCCCGCAGAUCAGCUACGCGUCCACGGCCCCGGAGCUGAGUGACGACAGGCGCUAUGACUUCUUCUCGCGGGUGGUUCCCCCAGACUCGUUCCAGGCCCAGGCUAUGGUGGACAUCAUCCGAGCCCUGGGGUGGACGUACGUCUCCACCAUUGCCUCCGAGGGCAGCUACGGAGAGAAGGGAAUAGAGGCCUUCACACAACUCUCCAAAGAAGCAGGUGGGAUCUGCGUCGCCCAGUCUUUGAAAAUACCCCACAACCCCAAGCUGGAGGAUUACGACAAAGCCAUCCAACAACUGCUGGAGACGCAGCACUCGCGGGCAGUCGUCAUCUUUGCCAGUGAAGAAGACAUACGGGGGGUUCUCAAUGCCACCAAGAGGGCCAAUCAGGUGGGCCAUUUCCUGUGGAUCGGAUCCGACAGCUGGGGAGCGAAGAGCAGUCCCAUCCACCAGCUUGAAGACGUGGCGGUGGGAGCAGUCACUAUACUGCCCAAGCGCUCCUCCAUUAGAGGGUUUGAUGAAUACUUCACGGCGCUCACCCUGGAGAACAAUCGCAGGAACGUGUGGUUUGCUGAGUUCUGGGAAGAAAACUUUGACUGCAGGCUCCUCAGCGCCUCGAAGAGAGAGGACACCAGCCGCAAAUGCACAGGCCAGGAGCGCAUCGGGAUCAACUCCAAGUUCGAGCAGGAAGGGAAGGUGCAGUUUGUGAUUGACGCGGUGUACGCCAUGGCCCACGCGCUCCACAACAUGCAGAGGGACUUGUGUCCUGAUCAUCUCGGCAUUUGUCCUCAAAUGGAGACUGCGGAGGGGAAGACGCUGCUGAAGUACAUACGCAACACCAGCUUCAACGGCAGCGCCGACACCUCUGUUGUGUUUAAUAAGAAUGGCGAUGCUCCAGGACGCUAUGACCUGUUCCAGUUCCAGGUGACCAACUCCUCCACCCCGGAGUACAAGAUGGUAGGACAGUGGGUGGAGACGCUCCAGCUCAGGCUGGAGGAGCUUCAGUGGCCAGAUGGGGAGCAGGAUGUGCCCAUCUCCGUGUGCAGCCUGCCCUGCAAGACUGGAGAGAGGAAAAAGAGGGUAAAGGGCAUGCCGUGCUGCUGGCACUGUGAGCUCUGUGAUGGUUACCAGUACCAGUACGACGAGACCUCCUGCAGACUGUGUUCCUAUAACAUGAGGCCCAACCCCAACAGAACCGCCUGCCAGCCCAUCCCCAUCGUCAAGCUGGAGUGGCACUCACCGUGGGCGAUAAUCCCCGUCUUCCUGGCCAUGCUUGGAAUCAUCGCCACCAUCUUUGUCAUGGCGACAUUCGUGCGCUACAAUGAAACUCCCAUCGUGCGGGCGUCGGGCCGCGAGCUGAGCUACGUGCUGCUGACGGGCAUCUUCCUGUGUUACAUCAUCACCUUCCUCAUGAUCGCCAAGCCCGACGUGGCCGUGUGCGCCUUCAGGAGGAUCUUCCUGGGCCUGGGCAUGUGCAUCAGCUACGCCGCGCUGCUCACCAAGACCAACCGCAUCUACCGCAUCUUCGAGCAGGGCAAGCAGACGGUGACGGCCCCGCGCUUCAUCAGUCCCACCUCCCAGAUUGCCAUCACUUCCAGUCUGAUCUGUGUGCAGCUGCUGGGCGUGCUGGUGUGGUUUGCCGUGGACCCGCCGAACACCAUCGUCGAUUACGAUGAGCAGAAAACCAUUAACCCCAAGCUGGCCCGCGGCGUGCUGAAGUGUGACAUCACAGACCUUCAGAUCAUUUGUUCACUGGGCUACAGCAUCUUGCUGAUGGUGACCUGCACCAUCUACGCCAUCAAGACACGGGACGUACCGGAAGACUUCAAUGAAGCCAAGCCCAUCGGCUUCACCAUGUACACCACUUGUAUAGUGUGGCUGGCCUUCAUCCCAAUUUUCUUUGGCACAGCCCAGUCGGCAGAGAAGCUGUACAUCCAGACCACCACCCUGACCAUCUCCAUGAACCUCAGUGCCUCGGUAGCACUGGGCAUGCUCUACAUGCCCAAGGUGUACAUCAUUAUCUUCCACCCCGAGAUGAACGUGCAGAAGAGGAAGCGUAGCUUCAAGGCUGUGGUCACAGCUGCCACCAUGUCGUCGCGUCUGUCCCAGAAGCCGAGCGAGAGGCCCAACGGAGAGGCCAAGACGGAGCUGUGUGAGAACCCCGCUGCUGACCCCAUGAGUCAAGCAACCAAGAAAACAUAUGUGAGUUACAACAACCUCAGGAUCUGA